UCUGUAAAACCCUUCGAGCUCUUAAACCCUAUCAAAUCUUGGAGAUGGAGACUGAUAUGGGCACAUCUUCUAGUUAUUUUGACCCUGAAAAUCUUAGUACUAGAGAGCGUUUUCGUCGAUACGGGAAAAGGAGUUCGGGCUCAAGCCUAUCUCCUCAUCGGGAAAGAUCCGCUGCUAGGGUAAGUGAGGUCAGAUCGAAUGGCGCACUUUUUAUCGAGAAUAUCAAACAAGAAGUUGAAAGUAUUGAUGCUGAUGUAACACCUGCUGGAAUACGAACUGCUUCUAGGAGGAGACCCUCUCUUGAUAGCCAUGGGAUAUUAGAUUCAGAUACUGAUUUGAUUCAUCGAGGUGGAAGCCUUUCCCUUAGAACUUGCAAGGAGGAGCCUGAUGCAUCACAAGACAGUGGAGACUCAACAUUUACUUUAUUUGCUUCCCUACUGGAUUCAGCUCUUCAAGGGUUAAUUUCUAUCCCUGACUUGAUAUUACAUUUGGAGAAUUGUUGCCGUGAAGUUUCAGAGUCAAUUAGGUAUGGUUCUAAUGAAAUGCACAGAGUUAUGGAGGACAAACUGAUGAGACAGAAGGCUCGGAUUUUGCUUGACGAAGCAGCUUCAUGGUCUCUAUUGUGGCAUCUCUAUGGAAAAGGGAAUGAAGAACUACCUGAAGACCUAAUCAUGUUACCUACUACUUCACACUUGGAAGCUUGCCAAUUUGUGGUGAAGAAUCAUACUGCACAACUGUGCCUCCGAAUUGUCCAGUGGCUUGAAGGAUUAGCCUCCAAAGCCCUUGAUUUGGAUAGAAAGGUGCGAGGCUCUCACGUUGGUACCUAUCUCCCCAGCUCAGGAAUUUGGCAUCACACUCAACGGUUCCUGAAGAAAGGUGCUUCAAAUCCAAAGACAAUUAAUCACUUGGACUUUGAUGCUCCUACACGUGAACAUGCUCAGCAGUUACCUGAUGACAAGAAACAAGAUGAAUCUCUUCUGGAGGAUGUAUGGACUCUGUUAAGGGCAGGGAGACUGGAAGAAGCAUGCAGCCUCUGCCGGUCUGCUGGACAGUCAUGGAGAGCUGCAACACUAUCUCCAUUCGGUGGGUUUGAUCAGUUCCCUUCCAUGGAAGCCCUAGUAAGAAAUGGCAAGAACAGAACCUUACAGGCCAUUGAGCUGGAAAGUGGAAUUGGUCAUCAAUGGCGUCUCUGGAAAUGGGCUUGCUAUUGUGCUUCAGAGAGAAUUGCAGAUCAAGAUGGUGGGAAAUAUGAAGCAGCAGUAUAUGCAGCCCAGUGCAGUAAUCUGAAACGCAUUCUUCCAACAUGUAUGGAUUGGGAGUCUGCUUGCUGGGCCAUGGCAAAAUCAUGGCUUGAUUUUCAGGUUGAUGUGGAAUUGGCCCGCCUACAACCCGGUGGAAGGGAACACUUCAAGAGUUUUGAAGAAGCAAUUAAUAGAAGUCCAGAUUUUGAAGAUGGCGCUUCUCAGCCAACUGUUGGACCAGAUAGUUGGCCACUUCAAGUUGUGAAUCAGCAACCUAGGCACCUUUCUGCCCUUCUUCAGAAGCUCCAUUCAAGUGAUACGGUACAUGAAAUUGUUGCUCGAUCGUGCAAGGAGCAGCAGAGACAAAUUGAGAUGAACCUUAUGUUAGGAGACAUACCAAGUUUGCUGGACAUCAUAUGGUCUUGGAUAUCGCCUUCUGAAGAUGAUGAAACCUUUUUCAGACCUCAUGGUGACCCACAAAUGAUGCGCCUUGGUGCACACUUAGUGCUUGUGCUCCGGUACUUACUCGAAGAUCAAAUGAAGGAUGAUUUUAGAGAGAAAUUACUUACGGUUGGGGACCUCAUUCUUCACAUGUAUACAAUGUUUCUAUUCACAAAGCAACAUGAAGAGUUGGUUGGGAUUUAUGCUUCUCAGUUAGCUCGUCAUCGUUGUAUUGAUCUGUUUGUGCAUAUGAUGGAGUUAAGGCUGAAUAGCAGUGUUCGUGUCAGAUAUAAAAUAUUCCUUUCUGCUAUUGAAUACUUGCCAUUUGCUCCAGAAGAUGAUUCAAAGGGCAGUUUUGAGGAGAUCAUUGAAAGGGUUCUUUCAAGGUCCCGUGAAAUCAGAGUUGGGAAAUAUGAUAGUGAAACAGAUGUUGCAGAGCAGCACCGAUUGCAGAGCCUUCAGAAAGCUAUGGUAAUUCAGUGGCUUUGUUUUACACCUCCUUCAACAAUCAAUAAUUCUAGGUCCGUCAGUAUGAAACUUCUUUUCCGGGCAUUGAUGCACAGCAAUGUGCUGUUCCGGGAAUUUGCUCUUAUUUCAAUGUGGAGGGUUCCAGCAAUGCCCAUCGGUGCUCAUACAUUGCUCAGUUUACUGGCUGAGCCAUUGAAACAACUCUCAGAUGAUCUUGUUUCCAUUGAGAGUCAUGAGUUCUCGGAGAAUUUAAAGGAGUUCCAAGACUGGAGUGAGUUCUAUUCAUGUGAUGCAACUUAUCGAAACUGGCUAAAGGUUGAGCUAGAGAAUGCAGAAAUUUCACCAGUUGAACUCUCAGAUGAGGAGAAGCAGAAGGAAGUUAUAGCAGCUAGAGAAACUCUUGAUACAUCACUCUUGCUUCUACAACGGCAAGAGAAUCUGUGGUUAGUUCCAACUGAAGACCACGUCUUCGAAAGUGACGACCCUGUUUUCCUGGAAUUGCAUGCGACUGCGAUGCUUUGUUCAUCAUCUGGUGAUUGUAUGGCUCCCGAUGCCACCUUAUGCACAACGUUAAUGAGCGCUCUUUACUCUUCAGUCAGUGAGGAAGAAGUAUUAAAUCGCCAAAUAAUGGUGAAUGUCUCCAUAUCGUCCAAGGACAACUAUUGUGUCGAGGUUGUAUUACGCUGCUUGGCAACAGAAAACGAUGGGCUUGGGCCGCAUCAGUUCCAUGAUGGUGGUAUUCUUGCUGCAGUGCUUGCUGCUGGCUUCAAAGGGGAGCUUGUUCGCUUUCAAGCCGGAGUUACAAUGGAGAUCUCUCGAUUAGAUGCUUGGUAUUCUGGCAGUGAUGGUUCUAUUGAAGGCCCUGCAACCUACAUAGUGCAUGGUCUUUGCCGUAGGUGUUGCAUCCCUGAAGUUGUUCUGCGGUGUAUGCAGGUUUCUGUCUCGCUGGUGGAGUCUGGUAAUCCACCUAAUAACCAUGAUGAGUUUAUCAACCUUGUCACAAAUCCUGAAACUGGAUUCCUUGGUCUCUUCAGUCAGCAUCAAUUGCAGGAAUUUUUGUUGUUUGAGAGGGAAUAUACAAUAUUCAAAAUGGAGCUUGAGGAGUCAACUGCUUGAUUUUGUUUAAGAAGACAAGAUGAGGCUUAAUUACUUGACAUUGUAUAAAUUUAAGUGAAUGUGUAUUUAUUUUUGUAGUCUAUUGGAAUUAGAGUUAAGGGCAUUGUUUUUAACAGUCUGCCUGUAGUGUACAUCUGCCAUUUCUUGGCACUAAAAUUUUAUGAAAUUCGCAUGGUUGCUACUAUAAGAUGAAAAUGUAAUUUCCCUGCGGUAUCUGGAAUGCUUUGUGGAUUG